CAAAUUGGCAACAAGGCAGCGAUUAUUCGGUGGACUUUUAGUGAUUACCAAUUAUAACAUAAAAAAUCCGAGACAAACAAACAGGCUAGCAAAACAAAAUUUUUUCUUGACAUAAUGUCUCUGGGCGCUCUUCAUGUAAUUAAACGAUCCAACUCAGUUACUAAUGGUGCCGGAGCAGUGAUAUUUUUACAUGGAUCGGGAGGCUCCGGCCAUGAAGUGAUGAACUGGAUAACUUUUCUUGUAGGUAGAAAUUCCUUUCCAAAGCAUAUCAACUUCUAUUUCCCCACUGCACCUUCAAGACCAUAUACACCAGCAUACGGUGAGCUCAGUACUGUAUGGUUUGACAGAUACAGCAUAACACCAUGUGUUCCCGAACACAUGGAAACGUUAGAAGAUGCAGGAAAAGAAAUCAAUAAACUGAUCCAUGAAAUAGUUAAAAAUGAUGGAGUUAGUCCUAAUCGAAUCGUGAUAGGUGGUUUUUCAAUGGGCGGAGCACUGGCUCUCCAUGUAGCCUAUAGAUUUAACCCAGGGUUAGCAGGAGUAUUCACAUUGUCGUCAUUCCUAAACAACGACUCAGCAAUUUUCAAGGAACAGAAGAUACCCGAAAUUUCUCUUUAUAUGUGUCACGGAGACCGUGAUUCGUUGGUCCCUAUUGAUUGGGGCCGAAAAACAUAUGAAGAUUUAACCAAACUUGGCGUGAAGGCCGAGUUUGUAACUAUCAAAAACACUUUGCACGAAUUAAAAAAGAAUGAAAUUCUAGGAUUAUUUGACUGGAUACAAAAGAUUUUACCAUCUGUAUAAAAUAAAAAGUUUUUUGCUACCUGUAA